GGGAAGUCAACAAAAAACUACAAACUACUAAAACCAUUAAGAUGACAGGACUAUAAAAACAGUAAAAAUUAAAAGACAUUAAAAGCACUAAAACAGGAACAAUGUCUCAGCCAGUGUCGAAAGCCAGUGAAUAAAAGUGAGUUUUUAGGGAGGAUUUAAAGAUGGACAGUGAAGGGGCCUGUCUGAUCUGCAGCGGCAAGGUGUUCCAGAGUGCCGGGGCAGCAACAGAAAAGGCUCUAUCCCCUCUGAGCUUCCGCUUAGACCUUGGUACCUCAAGGAGCAGCUGAUCCGCUGACCUGAGGCACCGGGUAGGAGCAUAUAGGUGGAGCAGCUCAGAGAGGUAAGGUGGGGCGAGGCCAUUCAAUGAUUUAAAAACAAAUAAAAUAAUUUUUAAAUGAACUCGAAAGUGCACUGGGAGCCAGUGAAGGGAGGCCAAAAUUGGCGUAAUGUGCUCCCUCUUUCGAGUUCCGGUUAAAAGGCGAGCGGCAGCAUUUUGGACCAACUGGAGACGAGCCAACGAAGCUCGUGAGACUCCAGAGUAGAGCGCGUUACAGUAAUCCAGCCGAGAUGAAAUAAAGGCAUGGAUUACUGUUUCAAAAUGCUGCCGCUCGAGAAUGGGCUUCACCUUUGCCAGCUUCCUUAGGUGAAAGAAGCUGGACUUAACCACUGCGCCUAUUUUACUUAAGGAAGUAGCUCCAGAAAUAGUGGAUGCAUUAGUAAUAAUCUUUCAAAACUCUUUAGAUUCUGGAGUAGUUCCUGAGGAUUGGCGGGUAGCAUACGUAAGCCCACUUUUUAAGAAGGGAGGGAGAGAGAAAACGGGGAAUUACAAACCAGUUAGUCUAACAUCGGUAGUGGGGAAACUGCUAGAGUCAGUUAUUAAAGAUGGGAUAGCAGCACAUUUGGAAAGUGGUGAAAUCAUUGGACAAAGUCAGCAUGGAUUUACGAAAGGUAAAUCAUGUCUGACGAAUCUUAUAGAAUGUUUCGAGGAUGUAACUAGCAGUGUGGAUAGGGAAGAACCAGUGGAUGUGGUGUAUGUGGACUUCCAGAAGGCUUUCGACAAGGUCCCACAUAAGAGAUUAGUAUGGAAACUUAAAGCACACGGCAUUGGGGGUUCAGUAUUGAUGUGGAUAGAGAACUGCUGGCAAACAGGAAGCAAAGAGUGGGAGUAAACGGGUCCUUUUCACAAUGGCAGGCAGUGACUAGUGGGGUACCGCAAGGCUCAGUGCUAGGGCCCCAGUUAUUUACAAUAUAUAUUAAUGAUCUGGAUGAGGGAAUUGAAGGCAAUAUCUCCAAGUUUGCGGAUGACACGAAGCUGGGGGCAGUGUUAGCUGUGAGGAGGAUGCUAGACUGCAAGGUGACUUGGAGAGGCUGGGUGAGUGGGCAAAUGUUUGGCAGAUGCAGUAUAAUGUGGAUAAGUGUGAGGUUAUGCAUUUUGGUGGCAAAAACAGGAAAGCAGACUAUUAUCUAAAUGGUGGCCGACUAGGAAAAGGGGAGAUGCAGCGAGACCUGGGUGUCAUGGUACACCAGUCAUUGAAAGUAGGCAUGCAGUUGCAGCAGGCAGUGAAGAAAGCAAAUGGUAUGUUAGCUUUCAUUGCAAAAGGAUUUGAGUAUAGGAGCAGGGAGGUUCUACUGCAGUUGUACAGGGUCUUGGUGAGCCCACACCUGGAGUAUUGCGUACAGUUUUGGUCUCCAAAUCUGAGGAAGGACAUUCUUGCCAUAGAGGGAGUGCAGAGAAGGUUCACCAGACUGAUUCCUGGGAUGUCAGGACUGUCUUAUGAAGAAAGACUGGAUAGACUUGGUUUAUACUCUCUAGAAUUUAGGAGACUGAGAUCUUAUAGAAACUUACAAAAUUCUUAAGGGGUUGGACAGGCUAGAUGCAGGAAGAUUGCUCCCGAUGUUGGGGAAGUCCAGGACAAGGGGUCACACCUUAAGGAUAAGGGGGAAAUACUUUAAAACUGAGAUGAGAAGAACUUUUUUCACACAGAGAGUGGUGAAUCUCUGGAACUCUCUGCCACAGAGGGUAGUUGAGGCCAGUUCAUUGGCUAUAUUUAAGAGGGAGUUAGAUGUGGCCCUUGUGGCUAAGGGGAUCAGAGGGUAUGGAGAGAAGGCAGGUAUGGGAUACUGAGUUGGAUGAUCAGCCAUGAUCAUAUUGAAUGGCGGUGCAGGCUCGAAGGGCCGAUUGGCCUACUCCUGCACCUAAUUUCUAUGUUUCUAUGACCACUACCCCCACUCAAAUGAAGGAACCAACAGCAAUUUAAGCACAAGUCGUGCAAUCUCAUAAACAGUAAGGUGAAGAUGGCCGGAAGAUUUGUUCUGGCAAUGUUGGUUUGCCAUUAAAUAUUGAAACGUACUCGUACUUAUUCAGAAUAAUGUCAUCUAACCUUUUACAUUUCCCUCAGAAGACAAUCUUCCUUUGACAGUGAUAUUUAACUGCAUGCUUAAUGGAUUUUAUGUCUAACUUUACUUGAUCUCAUAAUAUUGAGCUAUUUUCCUAAGGAAGGCAUAACUGUGUACUAAAACGAUUCUUCCUUGACUUGCAGCAACUCUGGUUUUGUGGACAUUCAGGUGGGCAAAUGAAGUCCAUAAGGAAACCUUUGACCCUUCUGCAGAUGCAACAGGAGCUGACAAGUGGAGUAGGAGGAUGGCUAGUUUAUGAGGGCCUCUGUGUGCUAUUGAUGCAUAAAUCAAGUUGAGUUGUAAUAGGCUACAAAAAAAAAGGUGAUAUGAUACUGAAGGAGAUUGAAGGUCACUGAGCUCAGAACCCAGCAGAUCAAAUACAAAGAGCAACUGUAAACCCCCAGUCACUGAAAGUCCACCAACUGCCGAGGGAACUGCAGUGAAUAUGGCAGCAACAGUGCAACCAAUUACUCUCUCAACAGGUGUGGAGAUCGAGCCACCUCCUGCAAUGCUGAAAGUAGAAUUCCAAACCAUUUUGACACCAGAAACAGUCCAGUUCCUGGCAGAAUUAGUCUCUACAUUUGAUGAAGAUGUUGAGGAGAUAUUACAGCUGAGAAUUGGUAAAAAGCUGUGUUUGGAUCGUAAUGGUGGACUUCCCGAAUUUUUGCCCCACACGUCACAUAUCCGAGAGGAUCAAUCCUGGAAAGUUCAACCAGUCCCACAGAGGUUGCAGAACAGGCAUGUAGACCUUGGGGAUGUGUCUCCAGCCAACACUGAACAUUUCAUCACAGCCUUGAGUUCUACUGCACAGGGCAUUCAGACUGACUUUGACGAUGGUCAUUGUCCAACUUAUUUGAAUCAAAUCCAAGGACUUUUCAAUGUUUACAAAGCAGUCCAUAGCCAGUUUCCAGAUAUACCACAUAUCUCAAAGGUUCCCAUUCUGAUGCUAAGACCAAGAGCAUGGAACAUGGUUGAACACAACAUGCUUGUUCAUGGAAAGGAGGUCCCAGGCCCUCUAUUUGAUUUUGGACUACUGAUGUAUCACUGUGGACGAAUUUUGUUUGAAAAUGGAUGUGGUCCUUUCUUUUAUCUAUCAAAGGUUGAAAGCCAUUUGGAGGCCAGAUUGUGGAAUAAAAUAUUUGUCUGGGUUCAAAAGAAGUUGGGUUUACCAAAUGGCUCCAUCAAAGCCACCGUCUUAAUAGAAAAUAUCUUAGCUGCUUUUGAGAUGGAAGAGAUUCUCUAUGAGCUACGAGACCAUUCUGCUGGACUAAACUGUGGAAUCUGGGAUUAUUCGGCCUCUUUUGUAAACAAAUUUGGACAUCGACGGGAAUUCAUUUUACCGGAUCGCAGUAAAUAUGUGAAUAUAGAGAAAAUGUUUUUGAAGAGCUACAUGGACCUUCUGAUAAAGACUUGUCAUAAGCGAGGUGCCUUGGCCACGGGAGGAAUGGCAGCACUGUUACUGCCAUGGGACAAGGAAGGCUUGGACUACCAGAGUGUCUUGGCGAAGGUCAGGCGUUUGAAACUGCUUGAAAUCAACGCUGGAGUCGAUGGAUUCAUGGUGUUUGAUCUGGAUCUGAUUAAGCCGAUGACAAAGCUUUUUCUGGAACACACAGAUGGGCCCAACCAGCUACAUGUCCUAAGAGAAGAUGUGGACGUGACUCCAAGUGAUCUGCUCACGAUGCCUUCUGGUGGAGUAACCUUGCAUGGAUUAAAAUACAACAUUGGUGUUGGAAUUCUUUUCAUAGAAGCAUGGCUAAGAGGUCAAGGUACUUUUUACUUUCGGGGCCAAGUGGAAGAUUCGGCUACUGCAGAGAUUUCCCGGUCACAGGUUUGGCAGUGGCUUCGACAUAGAGUAAAAUUGGAGAAUGAUGGCAGAAUUGUCACCAGAAACCUAGUUCAAGCUCUUGUAAAGGAAAUAGAAACUGAAUUACAGGAUGUUUUGCAUCACCACAAUGACAGCUCCAAAGGACAACUGGCAGUGGCUUCCGAAAUAUUCCUUGAGAUUGUACAGAAGCGAGAUUUUCCAGAAUUCCUCACGAUGUACUUGAACUUGGAACAUACAUUUUUAAGUGCCAAUCAUUAAUUGCAUAGAACAUGUGGUAAUAACUGCAAAAAAACUAAUGCAAUGUAUGAUUCUAAAAGUGGUGACAAACCACAAGUAAAAAUUGGAAUUUGAGAAUUAAAGAUUUAGUUUAGUUUAGAGAUACAGCCCCGGAAACAGGCCCUUCGACCCGAGUCCGCACCGACCAGCAAUCCCCACAAUAACACAAGCCUACACACACCAUGGACAAUUUACACUUAUACCAAGUAUACAAACCCAAGCCAAUUAACCUACAAACCUGUGCAUCUGAGUGUGGGAGGAAACCAAAGAUCUCAGAGAAAAUCCACGCAGCCACGGGGAAAAUGUACAAACUGCGUACAGACAGCACCCGUAGUCGGGAUCGAAACCGGGUAUCCUGCACUAAGGCAGCAACUCUACCGCUGUGCCACCAUACCACCCACAUCUUUAGGAUUAAUAUCAUAUUUGUGGGACAACAUUAACUUUAUGUUCCUAGUAAAGCAAGCCUAGCUCAGCAAAGUUUGCACACUCAAGGAGAUGCUAACCAAUUUCCACUGUUGCAGUAUGUAACCAUUUCUGGGUAUCUGAAUGAUACAUGCCAUCUACCAGCAAGGACAAAGGAAGCAAGCACUUUGGAUCACCUGUUGACAUUUGUUUCCAAGAAGUACACUGUCCUGACUUCAAAAUAUAUUGAUGAUCCUUUGUUGCCAUUAGGAUUGCAAGGAUCUUGCCCAUUUUAAGUGUUUGUUUUAAACUUCCAAAUCUAAAGGUUUGCUACAAUCUCAUGAACUAGGCUGGAGUUUUUCCAGCAUGGCUAUGACUCAAAAAUAAAUUCUAGGUUUUCCUAAGCCAGGGGUUACAACCUCCGCAUCAAUGUUAUCAAGUCUUCCAAAAAUUGAAUUAAAUCACUGUUUCAUUUUAGGUAGGUACACAAAAGUAAAUUUUAAAUUGACAAGCUUUUGAACCUAGAGUGUUAAAAAUAAAAAUCUUACGUUUACAAUAAAUGUGGGGAGAGAACACUGCCUGUAUUUUAUGUUUUUAUUUCAAGUCCAGCAAUCUGCAAACAUCCAGGGAAAUACUUCCUACAAUACUGCUUGAUUUUAGUGUUUUUGAGUGUUUGCACCAUGACCAACAGCAAGCAAAAGUCUAAUUAGGAAUAAACAAAUGCCUGAAAUACAUAGCAAAUUUAAAAGUAUUUCGAGAGGCAAAAUCUUUGUGCAAAUACAUUACAGGUGUACUUUUUUUGCAAUAUUAUAACCAUUUCAAUCCCUUGGACUGGGAGACCUGAUCAGUUUUACUUUUCUGCCACCUAGAAUUGUGGAUAACAAAGACAUAAACAUUAUUAUUGAAUUUUGAUGGGAAAAGGUGCCAUCUACCAGAAGAGCAACUCGGGGAUUAAUGUUAUGUAUCUAUACAUAAGAGUACAGAAAAGUCCAAAUACAGUCAGACAAACUGUGUUCAAAGUUUGCAUUGCUUUGUGAACAAUCAUCUAAAAUGAAUGUAUCUUUGGUCAAAAUUCUGACAGACGUGUUAUGAUUGUUUGGGCAGACAAUUCACAUUCCAGUUCACAUGAAGUUAUAAGAUUUAAACUGGGCUGCUGUACUUGUCUGGCUGUAGAAAACCCAAAAUCCAUCAGCUUAUGCCUAUUUAUAGACUUAACAAUUAAUUUGUGUUCUAUCCUCCCUUGUAUUUCUUUUUCAAAAUACUUCAAUUUAAUAACUAUGAGAAUACAAGAACACUCUUUAACAAUUUCUUUGAAAAACACUUUCAUGUGCUUCAUGGAAAGGUCAAGGCAUUUAAAAAAAAAAGGCUAAAUAGAACAGAAAAUCCUUUGGACUAUUUUUACUAACCUGUUACAGGAACCAUUUUCCCCCAAUGCAGUGAUGAAUUUUUGCUAUUGUCAAAUUAGGGAGACUUUUCACUGCACUUAGCACUUAAAUUGAGAUCAAUCGGUUAAUACAGCCAUGGCACCACAUUAUUAUCAUAGCAGGCAAUGUAUUUUUUAAAUAAUAAAAACAAGGAAUGACUAUUAAAAAAAAAAGUGGAACUGUUAGGAAUUCAACUUAACAUUAAUUGUUAACCAGGAUAUUGUUUAAUUGAAAACCAAAUAUGAUGUUCUCAACAUGUUAUUUAAAUACCAAAGUAUGUUAAUCAAAGCAAAAAUAUCCUUAUCCGCUUUCCAUGUGCCCCCCCCCCCCCAUAUCCCAAAGCAACUAUUUGACAGUGACCCUUAAUUGGAAAUAUUUUUAUCUCCUUAAUGAGUGGGCAGCAGAGCACCUCAGAUUUUCCUUUGAUUGGACAAUGGAAAAAUCAAACAUUGUGCUACCUUCCUACUAAUUACAAUUGCAGCAUACAUCAACAUGCUUAAUGAAUAAAAUAAUAUAACAUUUUCCAGUGCAUGUUAUUUGACCUUCGGAGUUAGUGGAAAUGUGAGUCUUCCUGCUGUGGAAACUGCUUGCAUGCACACAACAGUGUAAUGAAAAUACAGAUGGAAGAUUAUUAAUUUAGUUAAAAAAUUACUAGCUUUCCAAACUAGGGGAUCUCCACUUGUAGCAAAGUGAAUACAGUUAACUAGAGAAUGGAUUUUAGCAUUAAGACUUGUGACAAAAAUGACACAAACACUACCAGUUUAUUAGAUGCUGAAUACAACCAGUGUGGUUAAAAUGGAACUAACCACAGAAACAAAUGUAAAAUUUACAUUUCAUAUGCUGUAUCAGUGCCCUGUGUGUUGGAUGGAUCUCAAAGACAAUGAAAAAUAAAAUCCUACACAAGGCUCAGUGCUGAAAUGGUUUAAGACAUGAACACAAAAAAAAAACCUCAAUGAUCAAACCAAAUUCUGACAUUCAUAGAUCAUACUGACAUAAGCCCACUGGUAAUCA